AUGCGGAAUUCUCGAUUAUACGCCGUUCUGGCGGUCUUCUCAGCUGCCUCCGUCGUUGUUAUUGCGCAGAGAUCUCAACAAGCAGUAAUUGCGGAUCUGGGUAAACUCAUCGUCGACAAUUGUCCACCAAUGUUGUGUACCGGAUUGGAUUGUGCAGUCGUCACAGAGAGAAACGGGUGUCAGCUGUGCGCAUGUCCCAUCGGUUCCCCAUCCCGUGGUUGCGACCCAAUGCCAUUCAUCCUCUGGCACGAUCUCAUCGUCAACGGUUGCCCGAACGUCACCCUGAAUAGCCGUGACCCCGCCCAGAAAGUGCACAGAUGGUUCCGCCGAGUGAAUCGGUUCACCAACACCGACCAGUGCGAACCCUACAUUUUCCCCUAUUGCCCAGAGUUGGACUUUAAUUUGUGGCGGUCGCCUAGAACUAAGCAGGAAUGCGAAUUGUACUGCUACUCGAUCGACGAGCAGCGAAAGCGUGGAAUCAUCUAA